GACAAGUUGACAACUCACCUCAGGCAAGCUGAGGAAAUCUCGCAGUCAAAUCUCCAGGGCCUGCCCACUGCCCGGGCGAAUGCGCAUGAGUAUGCGUAGCAAAGCGCCCCCGCGCCCGCGAGACGAAUCCCCUCCAGCUGGACGUAAGGCGCAUGUGCACCUGCCUGACAUCAUGGGGGAUGUGGUUUUUCUUACUGUCGGCGCCAAGUUUGACCUCCCAAUAUAUCCCGAAAGGCAACGAGGCGCUCGCUAUUUGGACCAGUCUGUUGACUGCAGUCAUUUGGGCCAACUGGGUUGUACCAUGGCUUCAGGUGGUGGAGAUGAAAACCCUUUCAGAACGAAUCCAGCUAAAGUGCAUAAAAAUCGUUGUAGGCACCCCUCAAGACCAGUCACAGAGGAAGGCGUUGUCCAGGAGACUGAGGAUGUCUUCAGAAGUUACGUCUUCUUCCGGUACCAAUCGGAGAGGGAUGAAGGAGAGAAUGUCCCAGAAGAUCCAGAGAUAACAGAGAUGCAUCAGCCUCCUGAAAAUACUCCAACUCUGGUGGGCCGGCAACUUGCUCUUAUUGGAGAUGACAUCAAUCGCAGAUAUGAUCUAGAGUUCCACAAUCUGCUGUCAACCCUGCCACUCAAUGCAGAGAAUGCCUACGACUACUUCCGGAAAAUAGCUGAUGGGCUUUUUGAAAGUGGCAUAAACUGGGGCCGUGUGAUAGCUCUGUUAGGAUUUGGCUAUCGAAUGGCUGUUUACGUCUUCCAGAAGGGUAUGAAAGGAUUCCUGAGUCAAAUUGCAAAAUUCAUUGCAGAGUUUGUAUUGAGAAAUAGAAUUGCAAGAUGGAUUGCAGCUCAAGGAGGCUGGAGAGCAGCCCUGGAGUUGGAUAAUAUUUAUAUCAAGUGGAUGCUUGGGAUUCUGGCUGUAGUUCUGGUUGGUGUAUUCGUGGUCCAUAAGUUUUACAAAUCUUAGUACAAGGAUCUCUGCUGGAGCAGGCCUCUAGCCUUGGACUAUAAAAACAGAUUCUUUUAGUGACAAUUUACAUCUAUAUAAUUGUGAAAACUUGCUACUGAUCAUGAAUAGGAGAUACUUAGCCAGAAAUUCCAACUGCUGUCCAUCAAAUUGCCAAAUGCAACAGUAAUCAUUUGAUAUGAAAGAAUAUUGAGUCUCAGCUGGCCCAUUUUGUGCAGGUCAGUUUUAUGCUCAGCUACAGUUCCCCAUUUUGUAUCCAUAUACCUUGCUUUAAAGGCCACACUGGCAAAACUGAAGACCCCUGGUUCUCAUCUCCUCUUCUGAAUCUUGUUCCUGUAGGAACAGCAUUUAUAUGCUGAGUCAUGAAGCUAUGGCCAGCAAGUGGAAUACCUUGUAUGUUUAAAACAAUUAUAGAAUGCAAUGAAUGGAAAUUUUGGCCAUGGCCUAGUUAGUAACUAGAAGGCAAAUUGCUCCAUUCACCUUUGUAUAUAAAAGAGCUUUGUUUUAGCAGAGCAGUUUGUUCCUUGCUUAACGCUUGGAAAUCGUCUUUGUGGCUCCCACUAAGAGCACUUUCAUACUGUUCUCUUCAAAAUACACUCCUCACUGUAAUGCACUUUCUAUGACUCCUAUCCUAAUGAGCUGCAUAUUGUAUAUGAACAGUAACACUGGAGGAGACUACCCCAUAGCAUACACAGCAGAAACUAAAUUCAAAUUUCAAAAAUGACUAGAAAUGCAGCUAUGGCAAAACUAGGAGUCUGUUUGUCAUGGAAUUGUUUAUAAAUGGUUGUAGCAUCACAGAAAUGCAUGUGUCCAGCGAUAUUUGUGAUCAGUGAGUUGUUUGUAAUCUGGUUUAAAAUCACAUAGUAUUUGGGAAUAGUAACAGCCUGAAUUUGAUGAAUUGUGCUGCUGAGACUAAAGUUUUCAAAUGUCCCUCAGGGGCUGUCAGGUUAAAUUCUAAGUAAAUUAAAAAGAACACCUUAGCCUGUUUUAUGUACAUUUGAGACUUUCUGAUUACAGACAUUGUUAUCAUGUAAUGGUAGAAAUACAACCUGUGGGCUCUGAACAGUUGACAAUGUAAUAAUUUUCCAAUGCUAACACUUGGUUCGUCCUUGUCUUUUUGGUACUUUAACAUCUGGGGCUUAUCACAUAAAAAGCACUAGUUCAUGGGGAAGCCAGCCUGAAGUUUGGGAUGGGGUGGAGGGAGGAAUACUGCAUAGCAAUGUGCAGGUUGAAAUGGUCAGUUAGUGCAACUACUCAUUGCAGGUGAAACUGAUAUGCAAAACUUAAGAGCAGUUUCAUCUGCACUGAGGAGCAAAAUCUAUCAUUAUUGGGUGUGGGAGUGAGAGAAAAAGCAAUUUGGAAUGGAGAAAUUCCAAGGGAUAGAAAUGAGCUGGAACUAAAAGAAUGAGGGCUAGUUGGUGGCAGAAUAAAAAUGAGCAUAUAAUUAAAGUAAAUUAAUUUUAUUGCAAUUGACUUUAAAAAUAAUGAAAAUUAUGCCCUUGGAAAUCUACUUGGCAAUUAUCCUGUUGGACACCAUGGGACUAUUAUUAAGCAAGUUGCCGAGAUCCCACAGUUCUCAGCUAAUAAUGAGGAACUCAUUUGCUUACCGAGUUUAGAAUUUGGCUGAAGAGUUUAUGUUGGGUUAUCUGUAACUCUUUCGAGUACAAACCUGUUUCCAUCUGUUUCAGAUGAAGUUACAUUUUUUCAUAGUUUGCCAUUGUGAGAUUUGAACUCUUGAUCUUGGGGUUACAAACCCAGUACCAUAACCACUUGGCUAUUUAGGCCAAGCCCUUGGGUUAUCUGUAGCUUAACUGUAGCUUAACUCACUGAGCUGUGCUAAUUUUUUUUAUAAUUAGCAUUUUGGGACAAAUCCUGCAUCUUCAAAUGGUAGGUUUAAUAUCCUAACGUUUCUUUAAUUACUUGAAAAGAGACCUUGAUGGGUAAUCGGAGGAGGACAGUCUAUGGCUUAAUCUUUGAAUAAAAGUGUAGACUGUUCAGCUUUUCUAAUGUUGUGGGACAGUAACAUUUAAUGGCGUGUUGCAUGGUGUCAGCUGCUGUUUAUCUGCCUUUGAGAGAUCCAUUUGGCCCUCCCUGCUUAGCCACUUCAAUAUUGAGAGAGACAGGCCUCCUCAAAAUCUGCAAGUCUCCACAGUCGAAACCCAAAAAUGCAAUCUUCCUGACAGCCUCCCCAGCUUCCAAGACAGUUACCACCACCCCUCCACCCCCUUAAGUACUGUGUGCAGGAGAGAGCUAUGCACCCUUGGAAUCUCACCACCCCAGGACCUUCCUCCAAUACUCUUGGUCAGUAGUUUGGCUCCAUCGAUUGACUUCAAGCUCCAGGAACAUCACCUUCAUUGGGGUGAGAUAGCAGGUUGGGUUGACCACCCGUGGUCCUGACCCUUUCUUGGACACGAUGCACCUCUUCUCCUGCAAAUGAAAUGGGACAUUACAAUGAAUAUGCUGUGCUACAAUCAUAACUUCAAAUGUGUGGCCAACAUGUACUUUGGGGGUCAUCGUUUAUGAAUGCUGCUUGCCAACUAUCAGCUGCUGCAAUUCCAUUCCCCCCUUACCCCACCCCACCCCAUAAAACUUGCAGGGUGGCAUGUCUGCACCCCAAAUUCAAGCCAAUUCACACCCUUGCACCCUUCGAUUAUAGGCCCAGCUCCAAAAUCAUCUCACACUCUCACUGUGGCAACUCGAGGUCAUUGAGCCUUUUAUGGUGCUGCAGCUAAAUACUUGGGAUGACCACCAUGGCUGCUGCCGUUUGCUGCGACCUCCAUCCAGGCUGCCUUUGUCUGGCUGGGCAGUCUCCUCUGUCUUUCAGCAUGAAGAUCUCCCACCUAUUUCUCACAACGUGAAGGAGUGCUUGCAGGGAGUCGUCAUCAAACUGCUGGGCCAUCCUGGGUCUGGACCCCUGACCAGCUGGAGGAUUCAUUCUGCCCUCCAUCAGUGAAGAGAUGAGAGUUAAAGGGCUGAUAUUGAGUAUUUUCACAAACAUUUGCUAUUGAUAAAAGGAAUAGGUCAGCUGUGUUCAAAUGUCCUUUCGUCUCUGGGAAGGGUCCUGAAUGACUCUCUAUCAGCACAAUAGUCAUCCACAUUUAAGUCCAAGCUCUUUUCUGUAGGUGCUGCAAUAUUUCAAUUGGUUUAACAGUCUUGUGACAACUUCAGCAUCAAAUGAUAAUUCUUGGUGCAGCUGCCACAGUUCCGUGCCAGGGUUGCCUUUAAAUGGGUGCCAUGACCAACUUUGGAUCACGGCCUGCCCCUUUAGCGCCCAAAUGUCCCACCUUUCUAUUCCUGAUUUGGCGGGCUGCCUGCUGUUGCUCUCUGUUGUUGGCCAGCUUCCCACCAGGCAGCCAUUAAUGGUCACAAGAUGCGCAUUAUUGGGCGCCUGUCAAAGGCGGGGUAGAAGUUUGCAGCCCAUGCACUUCUGGUUUGGACUCCCAAGCAGUGUAAAAUUCAGCCUGUGAAGCACCGCUUGAGCUGCAAAGCGGAUAGCUAUCCUAUUCGAUGAAAUCUGCCUCAUAUAAACACAUACAAGUUAGGAGCAGUAGGUCACUUGGCCCCUCCAGCCUGCUCUACCAUUCAAUAAGAUUGUGGCUGAUCUGAAUGUAACCUCAACCCCACAUUCCUGCCUACCCCUGAUAACCUUUCAUUCCGUUGUUAAAAAUCUAUCUACCUCUGCCUUAAAAAUAAUCGAAGACUCUGCUUCCAUUGCCUUUUGAGGAAGAGAGUUUCAAAGGCUCUGAACCCUCAGAAAAAGUUUCACAUCAUCUCUUAUCUUAAUUGAGCUACCCCUUAUUUAUAGUGAUUCCUAGUUCUUGAUUCUCUCACAAGAGGAAACAUCCUCUCCACAUCCACCCUGUCGAGACCCCUCAGGAUCUUUAAAGUUUUCUAUGAAGUCGCCUCUUACUCUUCUAAA